AAUUGUUUUUCGUCAGUCUACGCGAUGGUGGCUGUGUUUUGUUUUCCCGAAUGUGAAUUAAAAAGUAAAAGAAAGUAAUGUUUAAAGUUUAUUGCAUUGUGAUAGAAAAGUGAGUUAACACGCCAUUAUAUAAUAUUCUCUCGGGGAACUUCAGAGACUGCUUAGCGAAACCCUAGGGUUUUACGGAACACUUUGACGAACAUUGAUUGCUUCAAACAAACAGGAAAGGGAAGUCGACAGAUAGCUAACACAAACCACAUGCAUAUCCGGUGAAUAUGACUACAGGAAGGGAAUUAAUUUGUGACAUUUUCAGUCCAUUGUUUCAUUUGGAGAUGUUUCUUUAAAAAAAAAUGUUACGUCGUAGGGAAGGCAGGUCUAUCGGUUUGCUUAUUUUGUGCAUUUUAAUACAAAAUGAUUGUGGAAACGCGACCACGGAAUGGAACGAGGAAUGUUACAGCAACAAUGUGUGUUACAAACUCCUGGAAGGUGGCAGAAAGUUCGCUUGGGCUGAGGCUUACGACUUAUGUCGUAAAGAGAAAGGAUAUUUAUUGAACGAAACUUGGAUUGCAAUGAUUGAAAAAGCUGAAACAUUUAAGAUACAAAAGGAAUUAGUGUACGAUGAUGAUAUAUGGACAUCACUUAGGUUGAUUAACGGUUACAUACAGGAAGUGAGCAGGCAUACAAACUACGCACAAUCCUCUAAUGAGUUAUGGAAAACUUACCCAGUUUGGAAUAAGGACAUGUGCGUAAAAUUAACAAGACAGACUAAGCUUGAAGCAGUAGAAUGCUCGACAAAUUUAUCAGUUAUAUGCACGAGUGACUUCGAGGAAAUCAACCAGCCAAGUGUUUCAGAUUGUGAUGAGCGUUUGAACCCCGCGUUAACUGCGAAAGUAUCGGGAAGAUACAUUAAUGUACGAGAUGGUCAUUUGGAAAUAAGUGAGGAAGAUGAAGGAAAUGUAAUUUUUGUUUGUGGAGGAUUAGAAGGCAGGUCAGAGAUUGCCUGGAUUAAAGAUGGCGUAUAUCUUAAUGCAAGAAAUCAAACAUUUGAACCUUCCGCCACUGUUGAUCCUUCCACAACUUCCGUUCAUUUGUACAGUAUGCAAGGGACUUACUGGUGUGAAGAAAAUAGUCCCGGCUGCUCGCGCGUGUAUUCAUCCAACAAAGUUAAUUUGAUUUUCGAACGUAUUAUUACAAUACACGUGACUCUUGAACAAAACAAAAAUUACGUUUCAUUUGAAAAUGAGAUUGCCGCGGAAGUGGACAAAUUUAGGUCAUGUGAUACCAAGGGAAAAAUCGGAUAUGACGUCAGAAGACGUUUUACCGUUAACGGAAGCAGCGCCAUUGCGACGAACGACGUAAACUUCUACGUGCCAAAUGAUACAGCUUGUGAUGUCAAUUUUAUUUCUAAUGCAGUAAAACAUCUGCCAUCUUCAGCUGUAGUUGACUAUGGAACCAGCUUUCCUCCAGUACAACAAAUAAACCACAGAGUAAUCCGACAGUCGGCUACAGAACCAUGCCCUAGACACUUCACUUUGCAAGAGCCGUACUGUGUUCAAGUAACAAAACCCGCGAAGUGGAUCGAGGCAUACCAAGAUUGUUUCCAAACAGGACUUGAGAAAACUCCUAUUGACGUGGAAAGUUUUUGGAUGAAUACAACUUUGCUCGAUAAUUUGAUGUCUUCACUCGAAAGACAACGUAUAAGUUACAUUUGGUUAGCAGCUGAGAGAAAACUUGAUGGUGGUCCUUUUUAUUACAGUGGACCAGUGACGUCGGAUUUUAAUUACAAUUUUACUGAAUUAACAAAAUACAAUAUCAGUUGGAUAGAAAGUUAUUAUAGUGUGAAUAAUGAUUGUUUAGCACUAAACAUAUUACACAAGACACUGCAUGUUCUAUCCUGCGAAGAAAAUCUUAAUUUUGUCUGUCUUUUACCUUCGGAGUUUUGGGUUCGUAAUAUUAUCGUCGACACUUUUCAUCAAUGUCGUGAAAACUGCUCUGAAUAUUACGGACUUGAAGAUGGAAUUCAGUGGGGAGAGGCUAAAGAAAAUUGUAGGCAGAGUGGUGGCGACCUGAUACAUAAAAAAAGCGGUUAUUUCAGAAAUAUUGUUAAUGGCAGUAAUCACGGUAUAAUCACUUAUUACAGCGGGACACACAACAUAAAGAAACCUGCUUCAGAUUCUGACUGGCAGCGUCAAUUUAUCCAGUGGAUAGGAGAUGGUUCGGAAGAAAUUAGAAAAGUGUAUCUUGUAUACAAUGGGGGAUUCCCAUUGGAACAGAAUGACAGCCCGAAGGCAUACGAGUGUAUACGAGGAAUUGAACGUACCCUGCCCAAACUCGAACUCGAACUCAAUGAAGAAAAUUAUAGGAUCCAGUUAUCUGGAGCAGAAGAAGCUAGUUACAUGUAUGGUAUUAGAUGUUACUUAAAUGGUAAACUCAUAAAAUCAGAUGAACUUGCACACGUUAAAGUUCGUCUCAACGGUUACUUAUUCUGUGAAUUAUUAACGCACUUGCCAGUUUUCCUGUUAAAGUCAAACGUUGUUCUUGUGCAACUCCCAAGGUUAAUGACAUUUGCGUGUCAAAUAUUUGAUUCAAAACAAACAUAUAAUUUUAAAGUACAUGAUUCUUCAUUUUACAGUAAGUCUGUAGGAAGUAUAUUAUAUUAUGAAGACUUGCUGAAUGAAGAAUUUAAAGAGUAUAGCAUUUCUGUUUCCAAAAUAUCAAAAAAUAUGACAGGCAUUAAUAUUGAUUUUCACAUAGACAUUUUCUGCGAUGAAGAUCAACUGAAUGAACUAUAUGAAAACAUUUCUACUUCAUCUUUUCCGAUUGGGGGAGAAAUUACAUUAGGCACGAGGACUGUGACUGUAUUAUAUGUGAGAAGCACAAAAUAUUGUAUGGAAGUGAAUGAAAUACCACAUAACAUUUCCAAUUGCACAACCACAGCAACAUGGCCCUUCACAGCUAUCGACAACUCAUCAAUUCAAGAUAAUAUAUGUGCAAACAGGAAAUUGAAACGUACCUGCAUGGGAAACUUCAUUACAGGUGCAAUAUGGGGGCAGGUCACAGAAAUAACACUUCCUUUACAUCAUGAAAGAAACUUAACUACAGACAGCGAGACGGACGUGCUUAAGGCUGCUAAGGAUCUAAUAAAUGAGACAGUUUCGUUAAUUAUGGCAGAUGAAAUUAAAUCUGUAGAAUCAUAUAAUAUAACAAGCAAGUUUAUAGGAAAGUUUGAAUCUUUACUCGCAGGCAAGGAAGUGAAUGGCAGUUACGAAACAGAAAAUGUAGCAGCACAUAUUUUUUCUACAUUCCUUAAAAAUGGAAUUGAAGGUUAUAUUUACAAUGGAAAUGGAGAAGAUCAGAGUAUCAGAGCGGUAGAAACUGAAGAGAUUGGGGAAGAUGUUACAGUGGCAAUAUAUCUGAAAUCAAACAGCAUUGCCGCACAGGAGAAUAACGCAUCAAUACUAAUUUCUGUAUUUAACAAGGCUACAGUGUUCCCAAAAUAUACAAACAAAUUUAUAAGAAUAAGUCCUGUUGUUCUCAUAAGCAUUGCAGAUCUGACAAAUGUCACGUUCCCGUUCAGAAUACUUUAUGAACCAGAAAUAGAAGUCAGACCUAAUUUAGACCCCAUAUGUGUUUUUUGGAAUGAAGAAACAAACAUGUGGGAUUAUAAUGACUCAAGACAUAACGGAACAAACCACGAGUUACACGAAUGCUUGUACUAUCACCUUAGUGCUUUCGCCAUGCUUCUGCAAAUAGAAGACGAUGAAACUCUAGAUAUCGUCUCCAGAGUUGGUUGCUGUCUCUCCCUCAUUUGUCUUUUUCUCGUCCUCCUCACGUUUGUCAUGUUUCGAAAAUGGAGGUCUUAUCUCGACAGCAAGAUCGUGGCCUCCCUCUCUCUCUCGUUGUUCGUGAUGUACCUCGUGUUUGUCACAGGCUUCACGCAAACCUCAAGCAAGCUCGUAUGCAUCAGCAUCGCUGCCACUCUCCACUACUUCAUUCUAUCAUCAUUUUGUUGGAUGUUUGUGGAAGCAUUUCACAACUAUUUGAAAUUCGUCAAAGUGAUAGGAACCUACAUACCAAGGUUUAUGUGGAAGGCUUCCGCUGGUGCUUGGGGAUUCCCAUUUGUUCCUGUUAUUUCAGUGUUAUGCUAUGAUUACGAAUUAUAUACUAAUGAUAAAUACUGUUGGGUCCAUAAAGAAGCAUUUUCUUAUGGGUUCCUAACUCCGUUGUGUCUUAUAUGUGGAGGAAACGUAAUAGUUUUCCUUCUGAUCAUUAUUAGCUUCACUUGUGCUAGGCAAAAGUUUGAAAGUAAUCAACAGCAGUACUCGCUGUUGAUAAGUAAACUGAGAAUGUCAAUUUGUAUCUUCGUGUUACUCGGUUUGUCGUGGGUUUUUGGGUUUGUGAGAAUUGUGGUACCUGAGAUUGCCUUCAGUUACUUGUUUUGUAUCACCAGUACAUUGCAAGGGUUUCUGAUUUUUCUGUUCUUCGUUGUUCAAGAACGAAAAGCAAAAGGAAUGUGGGUAUCUUUAAUUUGCAAGUGGUACGGUGCAGUGCCUCAGAGUUGGCAAGAUACGCACACAAACAAAACAAAAACGUCUGUAGAUUUAACACUUGAGUCAGCUCAAAGCCAUAGAUAAAUGUUCUCUAACAAUACAUGAACAUUUUUAAGUAUCAUCUGUGUGUGUCUGAUGUAAACACAUUUUAUUAUUCUGUAUUUGGUAAAGUCAUUACCACAUCCUCCUAGGUUAAGAAUAACAUAAUUUGAAGGAAACUUUAUUAAACAUUGUUUUAUUACAA